AUGGUGAUAUGCUUUGAAGAUCCGGAGUCAGGGAGAUGCUUGAAAGAUACUCCAACAAAAAUUAAUAAUUUUUCCACCAAAAUGCGUAUUAUUGACUUUGGAAGUGGAAUUGACGAAUUCACAAUAAAGCAUUUGUAUGCCUCGACUGGGCCUUCUAGAGCUGAACAAACUUACGAUUACACACCUCCUGAAGCUUUGCUAAAUGCUACAUGGUAUCAAGAGUCAACAAGCUCAAAUUUGAAGUAUGACAUGUGGAGUGUUGGUGUUGUGAUGUUAGAGAUGGUCUUAGGGACACCCAAUAUUUUCCAGAUAAAUGCUUUUACACGUGCUCUUUUGGACCGCCAUCUUGAGGGCUGGAAUGAGGGUGUGAAGGAGCUGGCAUACAAGUUUAGAUCAUUUAUGGAAUUGUGCAUCUUAAUCCCUGGAGUUUCUGGCAGUUACUCAAAAAAGUAUCACAAAGCGAAUCAAGUUGGAGUUUCGCCUGCAUCCUGGAAAUGCUCUGAAGAGUUCUUUUCUAGACAAAUUAAGGCUAGAGAUCCUCUUAAAAUAGGUUUUUCAAACAUCUGGGCUUUACGGUUAGUGCGCCAUCUGCUACAAUGGGACCCGGAGGAUCGGCCAAGUGUUGACGAGGCACUGCGGCAUCCCUAUUUCCAACCUCCGCCAAGAGGAUAA